AUGUGUUGAGAUGGUUAUACAUUCAAAACAAACCUUGCAUUUGGUUGUUUAGAUUUAUUAUAUCCCUGAAACAUGCAUUAAACGUUGACAAUCUGGGAAUAUUGGCGCGUCUCUCUAAAUCAUGAAAACUGCCAAAUGUGCUGCUUAAUGCAAUAGCAGAGUUUAAGAUGGCGAGCUCAAAACGUGUCAUCCAAAUCUCGGGCAUUAAAAACCGAACCCAGAAGCAGAAAGUAGUCGAAGGGAUUCGGAGCCUUGGUGGAAAAUAUAUUGGCGGUUCUGUCUAUCAGCAAGACAUCACACAUCUUAUAGUCUCUGGAUUUUCGCAAAGUGAGAAGUUUUUGGCAGCUUGUGCAGCAGGAAAAUGGGUGUUGACUCAAACGUACGUGUUUGACAGUGUCCAAAGGGGCUCCUGGCUGCCCGAGGAACCCUACGAGGUGGCCUUGCCCCAGAGCACCCAGCCAGCCCACAACCCCGUCAGGCAGUGGAGGAAGAGGGUGGCCGAUGGGAGCCUUCCAGGGGCCUUCCACGGCUGGACGGUUCUCCUGGUAGUAGCUGACCCGCUGAGUAGAGCCAUCUUCAAAAGGCUCCUAAAAGCAGGAAAAGCUGAAGUAUACCUAUCAACGCCUCCUCCUCCUCAUGCAGCUAUUACUCAUGUCCUGGCAAAGCCCCUACCCAAGGACCUCCAGGGCCAGAUAGCCCCCUGCUAUCCGGUCAUACAUGUGGUUCAUCAUCUUUUCGGGGGCCAUUUUGUUGAUUUGCAAGGUACUUUUGAAGCUAACGAGGAAUCGCCAGCAGAAGCUGAGCCAGCUUUAAUUGAGUUUUGUCAGUUGGAGAAAGAACUCAAGGAGUACAUUAUCAAACGAGAGGAACAGCCCAGACUCUUGUUCCCGGAGUUCCAGAGCUACCAUGAGCCAUACAGUCUAAACUCAAAGGCGGUGGAGGCGGACUUCAGCAACGUGGGCUCUAUGAUUGAGAGCGGCCUCUUCGCGGAAGCCUUGGACUCAAUUAGGGACACUCUAUCGCCUGGGCUGCUGCCGCCUGCAGUCUUCCUCGUCUCUCUGUUGGAGCACGCGCUACAGGGAAAUGCUUCUGCCGUCUACCUCCGGAAUCUGCAGCAGGUACUACACGGCCUGCUGUUGAACAACCCCUCCUGGCUGUUUCCUCAUACUGUGAAGAAAUAUUUUUCUGAGCUGCUGCAGUGUCCUCAGUGCAAGAGAGGCCUCUGGCCUUUCAUAGAGACCAUUAUAAGCUCCCGUAUGUCUAGUGAUGCUGCAUGCCAUCCCCUCCCGGGACCCGCCUCGCCGUCUCUACUGUGUCUCCACGGCAACCUGCUGGAGUUGGUGCUGAAGUUGUUCCGGGGCGAGCUCCACUCAGUCACAGCACGGGACUCUGGCCUUCUGAAAGGAGCAGGGGUCUCUCGGCUGCCUGCCUCUGGCUCUCUGCUGUAUGAGACCUUCUGGACUGUGUGGGAGCGCUCCACGCUGCUGUCCACGGCCGUGAAGCAGCUCGUUAAGCUUCUGGUGCAGGUCCUGAUCUGGGAGAAGGAAGACAAGGACGAGGCAGAGAGGGAGGCCCGGCAGGAGCUCCAGAUGGGGGAGACCCUGCUGGACAUGCUUGCCGCCAUGGUGGAGUUCUGGUGCCAGCAGCACCUCAAACUGAACCAGACCCUGGUGGAGAUGGGCCUGAAGGACCUGGGAGAGCACUUGGCGGUCAGCGCUAGCAGCCAGGAUAUACCGCUGUGUCUUCUGGUGGAGCUGGUUGCCAGGAUACCCUCCAGCAGGUUGAGGUUGGUAACGGCCGACGCCGUCUUCAGGAACCUGUGCUGCCGGAACGGGGUCACUGUCAGCGAGGAGCCCCUGUCGCUGAAGAAGAUGGUGUCAUCCUACCUGCCUGCCUUGGAGAGGUUGGUGGAGGGUCCCAGGUGGGCCGACAACAGGGGGCCCUGCCCUGCGCCUGAACCCGUCUCUCACAGCUGGACCAGCCCGCAGAGGUACGGUGGGAUACAGAGCAGCUCUAUAAAUGAAACAAGCCCGGGGAAGGAGUUCAUCCCCAAAGGUCUUAACAGAGUCAACACAGCAGGCGAGACGUGUCUGCACCGAGCGUGCAAGAGGAACCAAGUGGAGACGGUCCGACACAUCCUGUCGCUCCCCGGAGUGGACGUCAACGUUAAAGACCACGUCGGCUGGACGCCGCUGCACGAGGCGUGUAACCACGGCUCUAAGGCGUCUGUGGAGGCCCUGCUGGCCCACCGCCCCGCCCCUCACCUGGAGACCGCCGUGGACGGCAUCAGCCCCCUGAAGGACGCGCUGGUCAACGGACACCUGGACAUCGCCAAGCUGAUGCUGGAGCACGCAGGGUCGGCCCUGCUCCGGCACAUGGACGGCGACAGGACCCCCUACUCGGACCCCCCCCUCACCCCCGCCGAGUGGGCGGAGAUCCUGCUGAGCGCGCGGGCGGGCGACGCAGCCCUGAUGCUGCAGCCGGCGGCCGAGGGCCGGUACCUCCCCCUGCUGGAGGCGGGCUCCAGCCUGCUCACCCACCUGCUGGUCUCCUACCUGGGGGAGACGGGGCUGCCCGGCUGCACGCGGCCCGGCCACGCCCUGGCCCGGGCCGUGGAGGGGCACCCCCUGCGGGCGGUGACGGGCGGCUGGACGGACCGGCGUGCGGUGCGGCUGGCGGAGGACGCGGCCACACUGGCCGCGCUGCGGGGCGGCGGGGCGGGGCUGGAGCGCGUGUCCCCGCUGAUCAGGGAGUGCCAGGGGGAGAACACCUCCCUCCUCAUGGAGGUCCUGGGGCAGCUGGAGACACAGGGCCGCUCCCCGGGGCUCCGGCUCUGCCACGGGGUUUGCUAGCUGUACCACGGGGUUUGCUAGCUGUACCACGGGGUCUGCUAGCUGUACCACGGGGUCGGCUAGCUGUACCACGGGGUCGGCUAGCUGUACCACGGGGUCGGCUAGCUGUACCACGGGGUCGGCUAGCUGUACCACGGGGUCGGCUAGCUGUACCACGGGGUCCGUUAGCUGUACCACGGGGUCGGCUAGCUGUGCCACGAGGUUGGCUAGCGCCGCCAGGGGGACGAUUAGCAUAAAUAAAAAUAUAUACCAAAAAGAGAUUUGUAAUAUAUAUGAAAUUCUAUAUUAUAUUAAAUCUAUAAAUAAUAUGUAAUAUAAAUAAUGUAUGACGUAUUAUAAUAUAUAUUUAAUAUGUUAUAUAUAUUAUAUUAUAUAUUAAAUUCAAUCCCUAAAUAAUAUUUAAUACAAUAAUGUAUGAUGUAUUAUAAUACAUGAAAUAUAUUUAAUAUGUUGCAUAUAUUAUAUUAUAUACCAUGUAUUUUGACACCCCGUAUUCUAAAUAUGCAAAAAAAUAAUAAUCAAAACGGGCCCAAUUAUUAUAAUUGAAACUUCAAGCACAAACAGAAAGAAAAAGCUGAGGUCCACUGCUCUGGCUAGACGUUAAAAAGUCUACAGAUGGAGCUUCCCUUAUCUGGGGAACAAUAGCCACCUCGUGAUCUGGGGAGCCGUUCGCCAGAGCAGUAGCAGUAGUAGUUGUUGCUCCGCUGGUCUGUAGCGGCGGCGGCUGAAGCAGUGCUGACUGGAGCUAGCUAAUAACUGCCAGGUCUUUGUUCCUCAUCCUUUUUUAGAAUACACGUCGUGGCCUGAACUUGGAAGCGUUAGCGUUUAUAACAUCUCUAAAUAUCAUCAGGUACAUAAGUGCCCAGUGCUGGUGCUGCUCACUUGCUUUGAACCCAUAACAUGUUUUUGUCGAUUACUAGAUUGAAACAAAGCCAUGAAUUCCCAGCUCAAAUAUCACACCGAGCCCUCUCAUUAGUGAAUGAUAAAAAGUACUACACUCCUUUAAAUAGUUAUUAUUUCUGGGAUCAAAUGUUUGCCAGUAAGACUUAAAAGUUGUGCCAGUUUAGCCCCAAUGAAAGUGAGCUGCUUUCAUGAAUGUACUGAUGUUUCUAAUAAUAUUGUGCGAUUGCUGUUUAUUUUCUGAAUCAAAUGCUAUUUUUUCUACUGCUUGCACUUGAUCGAGACGCCCACUCCGUUUAUCCUGUAUGUUGGGCGGAUUUUAUACUGUUGUUCUAUUGUUCCAUUGAAGAGAAGCCUUUCCAUAUUCUCAAUAAGAUCUAAGCUAUAUUAAAAUAGUUUGGACUACUCUGGGGAACUGUGAAGCAAAUCGAUUUAAAACAUAUUCAAGUUUUUUUUAAGACUCCCCUACCAGUGUGUAGUAGCCAGUAUGUGCCCAGCCACUCGCUGCAUACUGGCUAGAGGUGUUUACUGAUACUAGCCAAUUAGAGAACAGGGGCUGAUCAGGGGGC